GUACCUUCGGUCAAGCUGAGCUUUUCUUGCAAGCUUGCGAAAAAGGUCGUUCACGAAUAAUAGCUGUAAACGUCGUGUUACUAUGUUUGUGUUUUAAAAAAUGAGUUUUUCAAGUGAUGAAGUAAAUUUCCUGGUGUACCGAUACCUGCAAGAAUCUGGUUUUCAGCACUCUGCCUACACAUUUGGUAUUGAGUCUCAUAUAUCUCAGUCCAACAUCAAUGGAGCUUUGGUCCCGCCAGCAGCUCUGCUCUCCAUCAUCCAGAAGGGCUUACAGUACACUGAAGCUGAAAUCAGUGUGGGAGAUGAUGGUUCUGAACGACCCAUGGAAAGCUUAUCACUCAUUGAUGCAGUGAUGCCUGAUGUUGUUGCAAGUCGUCAACAACAGCUACAGAACAACCAGAAGCCACAAGUGGUAAAAACAGAGCCAACAAAUUCCAAUGGAGAUGAACCAAUGCAUUCCUACCCUAAUCCCAAUGAAGGCAGAGAAGAGGAAACAGGUGUUGAAAUACCAGCCAGCAAAUCAACUGUUUUACGUGGACAUGAAUCAGAAGUUUUUAUCUGUGCCUGGAAUCCUACUACAGAUUUACUGGCCUCUGGUUCUGGAGAUAGUACUGCCAGGAUUUGGAAUAUGAAUGACAACUCAUCUUCACCAACACAACUUGUGCUUAGGCAUUGCAUUCAAAAAGGUGGAACUGAAGUUCCAAGCAACAAAGAUGUCACAUCACUUGAUUGGAAUUGUGACGGAACACUACUUGCAACUGGCUCGUACGACGGCUAUGCGCGCAUUUGGACUACUGACGGAAGAUUGGCCAGCACUUUAGGGCAGCACAAAGGACCUAUUUUUGCGCUGAAGUGGAAUAAGAAAGGCAACUAUAUUCUCAGUGCUGGAGUGGAUAAGACAACCAUUAUUUGGGACGCCUCAACGGGUCAGUGCACACAGCAAUUUGCCUUCCAUUCCGCCCCGGCUCUUGACGUUGAUUGGCAAUCGAAUGUUAGUUUUGCUUCAUGCUCCACUGAUCAAUGCAUUCAUGUCUGUAAGCUGGGCAGUGACAAGCCAACGAAAUCCUUCCAAGGACAUACGAAUGAAGUAAAUGCCAUUAAGUGGGACCCUCAAGGCAAUCUUUUAGCUUCCUGUUCGGAUGAUAUGACGCUCAAGAUAUGGUCAAUGAAACAAGAUACCUGUGUGCAUGAUUUGCAAGCUCACAACAAAGAAAUCUACACGAUUAAAUGGAGUCCCACUGGUCCUGGAACGAAUAAUCCAAACAUGAAUUUAAUUCUGGCCAGUGCUUCGUUCGACUCCACAGUUCGUCUCUGGGACGUAGAGCGUGGAUUAUGUAUUCAUACACUAACGAAGCACACCGAGCCAGUGUACAGUGUCGCAUUUUCUCCGGAUGGGAAGUAUUUGGCAUCUGGUAGCUUCGAUAAAUGUGUGCACAUCUGGUCUACCCAGUCGGGUCAGUUGUUACACAGCUACAAAGGGACUGGAGGUAUUUUUGAAGUUUGCUGGAAUUCUCGUGGCGAUAAAGUUGGUGCAAGUGCUUCAGAUGGAAGUGUUUUUGUCUUGGAUUUACGGAAGUAAUUGUCACUUCUCACCGCAUUUUCCGAUUCCAGAUUAUUUUCAUGAUUAUUACACAUGAAGGUUCAUUAAAUCAUUGUAUCAUUAAGGCAAAAUAAAAAAUUCGAAUUUCAAUAA